AUGUCAACCUCGAACCCCAAUGCGAUAUUUCCGAUAGUGGAACUGAACUUUAAGGGGGUGUUUAUUCGAUGUCCUUUAUCUUACACUAACGAUAUGAAUUUCAACUUCACAGAUCAUGAUUUUUCUGGUAUGACACACUUAGAAUGUAUUACUUUUCUCGAACGUUUCAUGCAACUAGAUUGUAAGAAGCUAUACUACUGUGAUCCAGGUGCUCCCCUUUUGAGUGACCUUAUACAUAUCUCGAAUGAAAUGAAAUAUGCAGGUUUCAACUUUGAUGCAUAUGGAACUGAUGGUCAAAUAUCCCUUUAUGUUGAUCAUAUUGGUGAUGGAAUAGAUGAUAUAUUUGAGUCAGAAGGAGGAGAUGAUGACCAUGACUCUUGCAUUAGUGGUGGGGAUGAUGACAUAGGUACCCUUAAGGAUGUGACAGUGGAUUUUAAUGAGGAAAUAGUUACUAUGAAUAGGACAUGUAAUGAUGAAUGA